AUGGGCCUGAGCCCGGCUGCGAGGGAUAGUAAGUUCUCGCGCCACCUCGCUAGGUUGCCCCUGCCGCGCCUCAAGGCCAUUCGCAGACUCGCCAGUAUCCGGCCACGUGAAGAUCAGCCUGGGCCAGGACGUKCAGCGGUGCCCCACUCAGGUCUGCCUCAAAUAACACCCCUCUUCUCUGAAUUAGAAGAAUCUGUGGGUUCCCAAGCACUGGUCCAGUUCCUGCCCAAGCAGCCUCAGCAGGAUAUUUCAGAACUCAGUGAAAGCAUACAGCAGGGAGAGAAGUCCAUCAUUAACGUGGAGACCACACCCACCCAGAAGAGUAUAGAGUUGGAUUCAACACSCAAGCCUGAGAGGGAGGGCAAGUUAAUAAAGCAAGCAGCUGAGGUCAAACCAAGACCCAGACCCGGAGACCUGAUUGAGAUUUUUCGAAUUGGCUAUGAGCACUGGGCCAUCUAUGUAGAAGAUGACUAUGUGGUCCAUCUGGCUCCUCCGAGUGAGGAAUUUGAGGUUGGCAGCAUAACUUCUGUCUUCAGCAACCGCGCAGUCGUGAAAUAYAGCCGCCUGCAGGACGUGCUGCACGGGUGUUCCUGGAAGAUCAACAACAAGCUGGACGGGACCUACCUGCCCCUGCCGGUGGACAAGAUCAUCCAGCGCACSAAGAACAUGAUCAACAAGAUCGUGCAGUACAGCCUCAUCGAAGGGAACUGUGAGCACUUCGUCAACGACCUCAGAUACGGCGUGCACAGGAGCCAGCAGGUGGAGCACGCCCUGAUGAACGGAGCAAAGGCUGCGGGUGCGGUCAUCUCAGCGGUUGUUGAUAGCAUCAGGCCCAAACCUUUAACUGCCUGA